AUGCACGGCAAGACUGCUCUCAUGAUGCUCUCCGCGGCCGCCAUGGUCAGCGCCCGCGAGGCUCCUGUCACCAACAACAACCCAGUCGGCGAUGUGUACCAGGCUGUCCUGCCCGGCACCUCCUUCUUCCCUGGCGGCCCCAAGAUCCAGGGUUCCAUCACCGCCCAGGCUGGUGACAAUGGCCGCGGCGUCAAGUUCAACGUCCACUUUGAGGGAAUCCCGGCUGCGGGUGGUCCUUUCACCUACCACCUUCAUCUCAAGCCCGUCCCGGAGGGAGGUAACUGCACUGCCACUUCCUCUCACCUGGACCCCUACGAGGCUGGCGUUGCUGUUCCUUGCGACGCUUCCAACCCUGCCAUCUGCGAGGUCGGUGACCUGGCCGGCAAGCACGGUAAGAUCGAGAGUGCCGGUACCUACGACAAGACCUACCAGGACGACUACGCCUCCACCACCAAGUCUGACGCCGCCUUCUUCGGUGAUAAGUCCUUCGUCCUGCACUACGGUGGCAACAACACCCGCAUCACCUGCGCCAACUUCGUUAAGAAGAGCUCUGGAGGCAACAGCACCACCACCCCCGGCCAGCCAACUGGCACCGGCAGCCCUGUCGUCCCCUCGACAUCUGCCCCUGCCACCACGACCUCUUCGCCCCCCAUUAACGCUGCUGGUCGUCUCGGCUCGUGGUCCGCCUCGGCCGUCCUCGCCGUCGCCGGUGGUGCUGCCAUGUACUUCGGCCUGUAG